AUGGCCUGUGUGGCAGGUUGGUGUCUGCUACAGGAAGAAGAAGUUUCUGUACCUGUAUCAUCAUGGAGGAGACCGAUGAGUACCAUUGUGGCGGGAGACAGUUCCAUCAGCGGCGGCAAAGAGAUCCAGUCAUCCGCUCAUCUUCCCAAGGGGCACGAAGUGGAGUCCUCAGGUGAUGACAAAUCUACUAUCCAUUACACCUAUGACGACUAUCUCUCGGAUAUUCCCGAGAAAAUGGUGGGAUCUACCAGUGAAUACUACAAGCGAAAAGCAUUGUUUGACUACAACAAGGAAAUCAUUCGUCGCCACAAUAGCAAUCAUCCGCAAGGACACAUGCUAGGCUUGAACCAAUUCAUGGAUCGAUUCGACUAUGAAUUGCCACAACGAGGAUACGAUAAGACACGGCACGAGGCGUGGAGCCAAAAUCACAUUGACCCUUCCAUGCUGACUAAAUCAGAUGAUUCUUCAGCGACAACUAGCAAAAGUCGUCAGCUUGACUACUGGAGCUUGGUGGAAGAUCUCACAUUUUCCUCUUCCGAAAUGCUUCCCAAAUCCGUUGACUGGCGCACGUGUCCCAAGACAGGCAAGCCACUCUCCACUCCAGUCAAGGCACAAGGACGGUGCGGAAGUUGUUGGGCAUUUGCCACCACGGCUGCACUGGAAUCACAUGUCGCCAUGGCGUCAUCCAAUAAGACACUUUUCAGUUUGAGCAUGCAGGAACUAGUCUCGUGCGUACCCAACCCCAAUCAUUGUGGUGGCAAGGGAGGAUGUUCGGGGUCCACGGCGGAGUUGGCACUAGACUUUAUUGCGGUCAAGGGAAUCGUCGAUGAAUGGCACUUUGGAUACCAAUCAUUUGAUGGAAGGCAUCAAGUCAAGUGCUCUCUCCAGGAGGAGGAGGACGACAUCACUACCGGAGUGGAAGUAGCAUCCAGACUCUCCAAGUACUACGACCAUGCCGUGGCUACGGUCCACGGAUAUGCCAAGUUACCCACCAACAAUUACACGUCUCUGAUGCAUGCGCUCGCCAAGGUUGGGCCCGUCAUUGUGAAUGUAGCGGCCGACCCCUGGCGGUUCUACGAAAGUGGUGUCUUUACACCACGAGGGCAUUCUGUGGGACAAACGGAUAUCAAUCAUGUCGUGGUCUUGAUGGGGUAUGGCACCGAUGAAACCACAGGAGAAGACUAUUGGUUGGUGCGAAACUCCUAUGGUCCUCAAUGGGGCGAAGAAGGAUACAUUCGCCUCAAGCGGGUGGACCCGGCCACGCUGCCACAUCCAGAUGCCGAUUGUGGAAUGGAUGUUCGACCGGCCGAUGGCAUUGCCUGUACGGAACAAGAUGACGACCGGCAUCAUGGCCAUCAUCACAUUACACCACCCGCCGUCAAGGUCUGUGGGACUUCGGGGAUUCUCUUUGACCCCAUCCUGCCCAUUGGAGCACGCAUGCUGUGGUAG